AUGGCCACCUCUCCGGACUCCAGUAGCACAGUUGUUAGGCGGCAGCGGCUUUCUGUGACCCAGUCCCCCGCUGCUGUAGGCGCACGCCGUUCGCCUCGGCCCGUCCUGCCACAGCCGUGUCCUCCCGUUAGUCGCGCCACCCACGAUGAACCGAGCAGCAGCGCGACCCGUCCUCCGCCUGCGCUGCCGAAGGUGAAGAUACCUUCCUUCCCGGAGCAAACUCGCCCGCAGGGACCUCCGAAGCUCAACGCGGAUGCCGAUGCUCCUUCCCCACGUCAUCGCAUGACGAAACGCGUUCCUCAUGCGUACACGGCGAAGGAGAAGCUUCACUGGCUGAAGCUGCAGGAUUCGCAGCCGGACCUGUCCAACCGAGCUCUGGCGAAGCUGGCGAAGGUGCAGCCCGUCCAGAUCCGCGAGUGGAAGCGGAUGAGGGAGCGGCUGGAGGUUGCCUCUGGAUGCCACCGUCGCCUCAUGGGAGCCGGGCGCAAGGCGAAGUACCCGUUCAUCAAACGGGCCGUGUAUCGUCAGUUUCUUAAGCACCGCGCUAAGGGCCUCGCCGUCUCGGUCAACAUGUUGCAGCAGUGGAGCGCCCAGUUCAUGAAGCAUCGGAUGCCUGGGGUGAAUUGGCGCGCUUCAUUCCGCUGGUCGACUCGUUUUCGCGCUCGAUGGCAUUUGGCUCGACGGGUGAAGACGAAGAUGGGCCAGAAAUUAGCAGCGGGUGUGGUGGUCCGUGCACAAGAGAAGGGGUGGAUGGACAAAGGACUUGUGCAGGACUGGAUAACCCAGGUCCUUGUGCCGUUUCUGAAGCCCAUCCGCGAAGGAACCGGUCGCCGCAGGGAGUCCUUAGUCGUCCUGGACUCCUACCGCGGCCACUUGACCGAAUCCGUCGGUCAGACCAUGCGAAUGUUCCGUCUGACACGGGCGGUCAUCCCGGGGGGGUGCACCCCGCUUCUGCAGCCGCUCGACGUGUCUGUAAAUCGCGCGUUCAAGGCCGGUGUGCGUCAUCGCUAUGGCACUUGGUUUGAAGACAUCGGGAUCAACACGAGGACGCGUGCAGUGCUGGAGGAUGUGAACGAGGUGGAGGAAGACGAGGUUAUCGUCAACCCCUACUACGAGGAAGCUCGCGUGCCGGCCGAGGUGCUGCAGGCGGACGAUGACGCCAUGCAUGUAGAGGAGGACGCAGAGGAUGCGGAAGUGGAGGACGGAGAUGCGGAGGGGUACGGGGCUGGAGAAGGCGGGGAUGCAGAGGAGUGGAGCGAAGCUGGCUCGGACUGGUGGCUCCCCGACCGCUUUGACGGGGAGGAGGUUGAGGAAUGGCAUGGUGGGGAUGAUGAGGACUAA